AAAAUGAGAGCACACGAGCAAGGGAGAGAGAGAGAGAGAGAGAGAGAGAGAGAGAGAGAGAGAGAGAGAGAGAGAGAGAGAGAGAGAGAGAGAGAGAGAGAUCAAGAGAGAGAUGGAGAGAGAGAGAGAGAUAUAGAGAGAGAGAGAGAGAGAGAGAGAGAGAGAGAGAGAGAGAGAGAGAGAGAGAGAGAGAGAGAGAGAGAGAGAGAUAGAGAGAGAGAGAUAGGGAGAGAGAGAGAGAGUGAGAGAGAGCGAGAGAGAGAGAGAGAGAGAUCGAGAGAGAGAGAGAGAGAGAGAGAGAGAGAGAGAGAGCAGGAGAGAGAGAGAGAGAGAGAGAGAGAGAGAGAGAGAGCGAGAGAGAGAGGGAGAGAGAGAGAGAGAGUGAGUGAGUGAGAGAGAGAGAGAGUGAGAAUGAAAAAGAAAGAGAGAG